AUGCAUUCGGUGCAGCUGCCAACUCCCUCGCCGAUGCAUUCUGCCUCUCUUCCUCUGUCCUCCUCCUCGUCGCUGCUGCCCACCAGGCAGAGGUUCGAGGACGCGACCUCCGCCUUCGACAAGGUCAAGGCCAAGAGGAUCGCAGCUCCCCUGGCAGCUCCGCGGCUGCUGGAGGUGGGAGACGAGAGGUCGCUGAGAAGGACGUUGAAGGGAGGGAACGUCGAGCAGCUGCUGGAGCUCUUCAGACAGGACGAGGAGGCGGCGAGGAGGAUGCUGGUGGGCGAGCAGCUGCCUCUGCACGUGGUGGUGGAGUUCCACGGGGGGACUCGGGGAGAGGAGAUAAUCAGCCACGUGCUGAAGGCGAACUGGGAGGCAGCUGGGCACAAGGACGCGUUGGGGCGCCUUCCUCUCCAUCUCUUGUGCCGCUCUCAGAGCCCCUCCGUCAGCUCCCUCCGCCUCCUCCUGCGAGCGAACCAGGAGGGAGUGAGGGAGGAGGACGAGGACGGUAUGAACCCUCUCCAUCACCUUAUGCUCUGCUCCGGCGAUCAGCAGUGUGCUCAGGUUCUGCUGGAGGCGUACCCAGAAGCUGCGAGGGUCAGGGCGACAGGGGAGCUCCACAGGGGAGCGCUCCCUCUCCACCUCCUCUGCCGCUACCAUGGCGACUGCAGCGACACCGUCAUCCUCCUCCUCCGAUCUUUCCCCGACGCCUGCUCCUCGCCCUGCCUGUCCAUCUCCGGCUUCCUCCCCGUCCAUAUCCUGUCGCAGUUCCAGGGAGAUGCGCGCGAGUCCAUGGCGGCGGUGGUGGACGCAAGCAACGAUGGACCUCCUGUGCUCGAAGUGCCGCAAGGCCUGCUUGUCCCCGACAACGGCGGGAGGACGCCCUUGCAUCUGCUCGCGUCUCACUACCGGGCUGAGGACUGGGCCAAGGUCGCUGGGUCCCUGCGGUCGCUGCUGGUGUGGGGGGAGAGUGCCCUGCUGCUGCAGGACGAGGACGGAAACACUCCUGCCCACCUCGCCGCUCAGUUCUGCCCGCAGCCUGACCUGCUCCUUGCCGACAUGAUGCAGCGAGGCGCUCGGGCGGCUGGGAUGCUCAACGAGGACGGUCGGAGCCUCCUGCACUGCCUGAUGCUGAACCCGGAAGCUCCGAUGUCCUCCUUCUUCCACCUUCUCAGCCUCUCCGAGAAAGCUCUGCUCCUCCCCGACGCUGACGGCAACCUCCCCCUCCACCUCCUUUGCGAGCACAACGGGGACAACGAGGAGCUGCUCAAGGCUGUGCUGGCAGCGGGCAAGGAGGAGGCGAGCGUGCCGAACAAGGAGGGCAAGCUUCCUCUCCACCUACUCGCCUCCUCCUAUGGCACCGACGAGUAUCUGCCGAGCUUGACAGCCCUCCUGUCCUCCUGCCCGGAAGCUGCUGAGGUUCCGGACACGCGGGGGAAGCUGCCGGCAGACCUGCUCGCUCCUCCUCGCUUCGACUUGCGCAACGAGGAGUUCAGGAGGCUACUGGAGGAGGCGGUAGCGGUGAAGAUCCGGGUGAAGGAGGAGGAGGAGGCGAAUCUUUCGCGCUUCUCCUUCUCCUUCAUGGCCGAGCAUGAGCGAGGAGUUCGGAGCGCGUCCAUGGCUGACCCGGAGCUGCUGAGGCAGGCGAGGCGCUGCAAUGAAG